CAUGCGCUGGACAGGAGCCGCGGUUUUUUUUCCCCCUCAGUGAGGAGAUAGUGCGGAGUGUCUAGCAGCAGCCAGUUCACAGAGAGAGAUCGAAAGCGUCCCUCGCAUCGUAAUCAGACACUAAAGUGGCCAGUAGCUUCGUUUUGGACGACGCACGUAAAGGAUUCUAAAUGAUGUCCCGGAGACGAAGCAGAAGUCCAUCUCGAGAACGCCGAAUGCGUGGAGACCGUGGUGCAAGUAACAAGACUGACAGUGCUGAUCCUCGAGAUCUUGAGAGGCGCAUUUUUGUUGGAAAUUUGCCCACUGAUUCCAUGGUGAGAAAGGAUUUGGAAGAUAUGUUCAUUAAAUACGGCAAGAUAAAUGCUUUGUCAAUGCACCAUGGAUUUGGGUUUGUGCAGUUUGAUCGUGUUGAGGAUGCUAAAGCUGCCGUGCAAGGAGAAAAGGAACGAAUGUGUAGAGGGUACAGAUUAGAUGUUAAUAUGGCAGCUGAAAGAAGAAAUUCGAAUAAAACUACACGGAGACCGAGUCCUCCGAGAAGGGACCCAUUUGCCUUUGGUGAUGAACGUGAUGUAAGACGUGAACGCUCUCCGCUCAGACCUGCCAGAGAUGAACGUGAUGCAAGGGAUCCCCUAUUUGAUCGAUACAGGGAUGCUAGAGACCCUAGGGACCCAACCUACAGACGAGAAGAAGUCUAUGAUAGGUAUUAUCGCUUUGACGAUGUUUUGCGAAGGAAGGAGGAACCGUAUGUGGAACGAUUCCGGGAGCCAUGGGAUUCCAGGGCACUUCGCGAAGUUGAUGAUCCGAUGAGAAGGGAGCGUCGUAGAGAAGAACUAUAUCGGCAGUAUUAUGAUGAAAUCCAGAGACGUUAUGAUGCAGAAAGACCUGUGGAUUGUUCCGUAAUUGUUGUUAACAAACAACAAAAGGAAUAUGCAGAGUCUGUUGGUCGAAAAGUUCGUGACCUUGGUAUGGUUGUCGACUUGAUAUUCCUCAACACUGAAGUAUCACUUACACAAGCUCUUGAGGAUGUUAGCAGAGGUGGCACAGCAUUUGCUAUUGUCAUCACUCAACAACAUGAAAUACACAGAUCAUGUACUGUCAAUAUCCUGUUUGGAACACCGCAAGAGCAUCGUAACAUGCCAAUGGCUGAUGCAAUGAUCUUAGUUGCACGUAAUUAUGAGAGGUAUAAGGCGGAAACACGUGAAAAGGAACGAGAGGAGAUUGCAAGAAAGGCAGCUAAAAUGGCAGAUGAAGUAAUAGGGCGGGAAAGGGAGCCUACUCAAGGGGCUAUGGAAGAGCGAGGAAAUCCUCCUGGCAUUCAGCCUUUGUUGAAUUUGCUUGCUGAUGGAAGAUACCUUACUGUAGAAGAAAUUGACAAGAUCAUAGAAUAUCUGAGAGAAAAGAAGGAGCGAUUACUUCGAGGAGGAGACUCCUUGCAUGGAUCUGUUCACAAUCCAGCUCCCAUGCCUAGACCAAACAUGGGUUCCGUAGGAAUGAACCCACUUGAUGCACAGCCAUCGCUACCACCUGCUCCAUCUUUAAAGGGAGGGCCACAAGACACACAGGCAGCACAGCAGCAGGAAUUGCAAGCCAAGAUUCUAAGCCUCUUCAACAGUGGAUCAUCUGGUUCAAAUACAAAUACUGCAGGGGCACAGGGCCCAGUCUAUGGAAGUGCACUGAAUACCCAACCUCAAAACCGAGGAGGCCAGCUAGGUCUCAAUAACUCUUCAUAUCUGUCUCAAGCUCAGCAGCGCAUGACAGGUCCUAAUUCACAACUUCCACCUUUAAUGAGUCAAGCAGUUGCACCGAGAGCCACUGCUAUUCGCUCGCCUCUGCCUCAAACUCAAGGUCUUUAUGGCCAGCAGCAACCUCGAGGUCCAACCCCAAAUCAGUCAAGUGCUUUGUCUCAAGCCCAGAGAUCUGGUGUUGCAACAGACACCCAGAAUACUGUGUGGAUAGCAGGACAUGUGAUCAUCAGCCAGGCACGUGACAGAGCAGAGACCAAACCGUAUGGGAUCAAUCUUGGCCUUGAUAAACGUGGUUUUUCAAUUCAUUGGCUGAGCGCACCUGACCUGAGAUGGCACGAGCUCCAUGACCUAUUAAUGCAUCAUCUGGCACGAUACCAGCCCCCAAAGUACCUGGUCAUUCAUUUGGGAGAUAAUGACAUAGGCUACAUCCAGGCUAGUGACAUAAUAUACAUGGCAAAAGAAGUGCUAGAAGCACUGAAAUUCCUGUUACCAAAGACUAUAUUGGUUUGUUCAGAAUUGCUCCCACGACCCCAUUGGGCUUUUGAGCCUGGUGCUCCACUUGAGAAUGAUAGGAGAACUAUAAAUGGGGUGUUAAAACAAUACAUGGAAUAUAAGGGCCAAAAAUUCAUAGAACACCCUUUUGAUGUCAAGCGUCAAGGUCUUUUUAUUGGUAGAGGUGAUUACCUAACUGAUGUUGGUUUAGAUUUAUUCAAUACCACUUUGAUGGACAGCCUGAAAUGUUAUUUGAGGGAAGAGCUGAUGCAUGGUAGUUAGCUUGUUUCCCACCUGAUUAACAUUCCCUCUCGUGUUGGCUGGUAACCUGAAACCAGUAAGUGGCUGCUACGCAAAUGGCCUGCCUAUAGUUAGAUUCAUUCAUCUGUUGGUCAACACAGGGGAGGAUAUGUCAAAUUGUCACCUUGAGCAGCUGCUGCCAUACCAAUACACUGCAGCUGAAAUACUGUCAUGUUGACAAAAUGGAAGUUGAAGUGGGGUGGAGUGUAAUUGAAUCUAUACAGUAUGUAUAUUUGACUUGUUAGUUUUGAGAGAACUUGCAGACUAGUACAGGGAGAAUUCUCAUGCCUGUUUCAAUGGAUUUUUGUUU